AUGGAAAAUGGCCUCAUUCCCAUACUUAGUCAUAUAUUCACAAGAUGCGGUGUAACACCUAAUAUGUAUUACGAUGAGGCAUUUACAACUUUACUUGGGUCGCUGAAGUUGCUAUCCUUGUCAUGGGCUGUUGUGACACUUUUGAAAGAAGAAAUAGACCAGCUACCAGAGGAAGUGGCUGAUGAAAAAUUGUUUGAAAUGAAGAUCUAUGGUGUCAACAAAGAAAGAGCAAAGAAUCUCAUUCGAUUAAGAAGUAGAAAAACUAUUUGCUUACCAGAAAAUCUCUAUCGCAACCUCAGAACAAUGACACAACCGAGAGUAGAUCAGUUGAUUGUUGGAUAUGCCCGCGAAGGUGGCAAUCCUUGCUUUGAGGUCACAUUAAUUCAAUCAAAUGGUGUGAACAUCCUCGUGGACUGUGGAGAUCCCUGGAAUGGGGAGGAGGUACUAAAAAAACUGACGGAAUCUGGCACUAGUAAGGAAAAUGUGAGAUUUCCAUGUUAA